AUGUUCAACAACGGCUUUGGAGGAGAGAGCAACCCAUACGCUCAGAACUAUUCAACAGGAGGAGGCGCGAGCGGAGGCGGCUUCUUGGCCAACGGAAGUCAGAACGACUCGCCAAGCGGAAAGAAAGCAGGCAACAACACGCUCCGACCCGUCACUAUCAGGCAGAUCCUCAACGCUGAGCAGCCGCACCCAGACGCCGAGUUCAUUCUUGAUGGUGCCGAGCUGGGUCAAUUGACCUUUGUCGCUGUGGUCAGAAACAUCUCGAGGAACGCUACCAACGUUGCAUAUAGCGUCGAAGAUGGAACUGGACAGAUCGAAGUGCGUCAGUGGCUCGACAGCUCUAGUGAUGAUAGCUCCAAGGCGUCCGAAAUUCGCAACAACGUCUAUGUACGAGUGCUCGGUACGCUCAAGUCAUUCCAAAACCGACGUUCCAUCUCGUCUGGUCACAUGCGACCCGUGAUCGACUACAACGAAGUCAUGUUUCACCGACUCGAAGCAGUCCACGCGCACCUUCAGGCGACACGUGGUCCUACAGCAUCUGCGCUCAAGGGCGCCACUUCCACUGCGCUAUUCAACCAAGCCGGAGGCUUGGAGAGCAAUGACAUGAACGCCUAUUCGGGAAGCAAAAAGCAAGACGUCAACGAUCUGUACAAGAACCUCGGCGAACUGCCACAACAGAUCAUGAGCAUCGUUACGCGCGAAUCGCAGAACCACCCGGAUGGCGUCCACGUCAGCCUCAUUGCUAGGUUGCUGAACGGCGUAGAUGUGAAUGACGUCAAGAGUGCCGUGGAGGACCUGAGUUCGGAUGGGUAUCUGUAUACUGCGGCUGAUGACAAUCAUGUGCUGCCCACUGCGUAG